ACAGAUACAUAAAUUGUUGUUGUUGCUCUUGUUAAAUAGCUGCUACUGAUAUUGGGUACCGUGAUAGUUUCUGUGCUGAUGCUAUACUUGUUCUUAGUUUUGGUUCUUGAUAAUGAGGCUUAUAAUGGGUCUUUUGAAUUUUUGGGGAUUUGAAUUGCUAGAAAUAUAUGGAGGACGAUUGUGAGAUCAAGAAAGAUGUUACUGAAUUAAUAGGUAAUACCCCAAUGGUGUAUCUCAAUAAUAUUGUGGGUGGUUGCGUAGCUCGCAUUGCUGCCAAGCUUGAAAUGAUGGAACCUACAUCUAGUGUUAAAGACAGAAUUGCAUACAGCAUGAUCAAAGAUGCAGAAGAUAAGGGCUUGAUUACUCCAGGGAAGACAAUCCUCAUUGAACCUACCAGUGGUAACACGGGCAUUGGAUUGGCUUCAAUUGCUGCAGUGAAGGGCUACAAGCUUAUACUCACAAUGCCUGCUUCAAUGAGUCUUGAGAGAAGAAUUGUGCUACGGGCUCUUGGAGCAGAGGUUCACCUUACUGAUCCAGCAGAGGGCUUUAAUGGUUUACUUCAAAAGACUGACGAGUUACUAAGUAAAACACCUAAUGGGCAUAUGCUUCGGCAAUUUGACAAUCCUGCCAAUCCAAAGAUUCAUUAUGAAACCACUGGCCCAGAAAUAUGGAGAGACUCAGGGGGAAAAGUUGAUGCUCUGGUUGCAGGGAUUGGAACUGGUGGAACUGUGACUGGAGCUGGGAAAUUCCUCAAGGAGAAAAACUCAGAGAUUAAGGUUUAUGGCGUAGAACCAGUUGAAAGUGCAGUAUUGAAUGGAAAAAAUCCUGGUCCGCAUCUGAUCCAAGGAAUUGGUGCUGGUGUAAUCCCUAGUGUUUUGGAUGUUGACUUGCUGGAUGAAGUUCUUCAAGUAUCAAGUGAGGAAGCUAUUGAAACUGCUAAGCUGCUCGCUCUUAAAGAAGGUUUAUUGGUUGGCAUAUCUUCUGGUGCUGCAGCAGCUGCUGCAAUUAAUCUAGCAAAGAGGCCUGAAAAUGCUGGGAAACUCAUUGCUGUGAUAUUGCCUAGUUUUGGAGAGCGUUACCUAUCUACAAAGCUUUUUGAUUCGGUGAGGCAUGAGGUGGAAAACAUGACUAUUGAUUGAGAUAUUAGUGGUUGGUUUUAAUUGAGAACUAAUUGCACGUGAAGUUUCAAUUUGUUGUUUGUAUAUCCUUCUAGUUAAUGAUGAUGUACUGUGUUCUCAUAUGGAUUGGAACCCUGUAAAAAUCCCAUGUACUUCAGAACUGUUCAUGUUGGCUUCACUGGACUGUUGGAACUUUGAGAGUGAGCCUUAGUGCAACAAUAAAAUUAUUCUUUUUUUAUACAAA